UAGUCUAGAGAUCUUGGAAAUAAGAAGAGCCGAGUGGUUGGACAGGGAUCAGAACUGAUAAUAUCAAUGACGCGGUGUCCUGAGCCAGGCAGAGAGUUCGGGGCUUCAGUCUCUGGCCUCACAGUUGUUUCACCUGGACUUCAUUUAGGCACCAUGGACACGAACAGCACCCCGUGGAGCCCUGGCUCUCACCCUCCGUCCGUCCACGCCGAGAUGGUAACCGUGGCACCCACGAUCUUCCCUCGGCUGGGCUACAGUAUUCUUUCUUUCCUCAUGUUCAUCAACACAUUGCUGACGAUUUUUAACAACGGUCUCGUGAUAACUGUGCUGCUCAGGAGCCCGGCUCUGCUCCAGCCCAUGACCGUCUUUAUCCUCAGCCUCGCAGUGUCUGACCUCAUGAUAGGCCUGUGCGGCUCCUUGGUCGUCACCAUCACUAACUACCAAGGCUCUUUCUUCAUUGGCCACGCAGCCUGUGUGUUUCAAGGAUUUGCUGUCAAUUAUUUUGGUCUGGUGUCUCUCUGCACUCUGACCCUGCUCGCCUAUGAGCGGUACAACGUGGUGUGCAAGCCGAAAGCUGGUUUCAAGCUGAGCAUGCGGAGAAGCAUCAUUGGGCUGCUGUUUGUCUGGGCCUUCUGCCUGUUCUGGGCUGUGACUCCGUUGUUCGGCUGGAGCUCCUAUGGACCAGAGGGAGUCCAGACCUCCUGCUCUCUGGCCUGGGAGGAGAGAUCGUGGAGCAACUACAGCUACCUUGUGCUCUACACGCUCCUCUGCUUCAUUCUCCCUGUUGCGGUCAUCAUCUAUUGCUACUCCAAAGUGCUUACAUCCAUGAAUAAGCUGAACAGGAGCGUGGAGCUCCAGGGUGGGCGUUCCAGCCAGAAGGAGAACGAUCACGCCAUCAGUAUGGUCCUGGCCAUGAUUAUAGCUUUUUUUGCUUGCUGGCUGCCCUACACAGCACUGUCAGUGGUGGUAGUUGUGGAUCCAGAGCUCUACAUCCCUCCACUGGUUGCAACCAUGCCCAUGUACUUUGCCAAGACCAGCCCUGUCUAUAAUCCAAUCAUCUACUUCCUUUCCAACAAACAGUUCCGCGACUCCACUCUGGAGGUGCUGUCAUGCGGCCGCUACAUCCCCCACGGGCCCCCAAGCAUCAGCAUCAACAUGAGUACCUUGAACAGGAGGCGCCAAUUGACUUCCCUAAGCAGGAAUUUCAACACACACAGCAAGGUGUUGCCUCUGUGACUUUCUCCAGCUAAAAAAAUAAAUAAAGAAGCCGUGGUUGUCAGUGUUUCUUGGUGCCUCGUCAAGGACACAGACCUGCACAUCUACAGGCUCAUGUCUUUCAGAGAGGUCCUCACUGUAGCCAGAUGAGAACAGAAUCAGCUCAGAGACUUAUCGCUGACAUUCAGAAGGUGGACAAAAUAACAGGGAAACCUUAGUGUAUGCGGUAAUGCAAUCCAAAUCAAUAAUACUGAAAAAGAGCUUAUUUUGUUCAUCUUUUGUUUGAUCUCCUUUUGAGACUACUUUGUUUUGACAAAAGGUGUCCCUGUACUGUCCAUCC